AUGACAAAAUAAGAAAUAUUUGUCCAAAUUUUAUUUUAUGGAUACCUAAAGGAGUUUUCUUCACUUUUCAAGAGGUGGAUGGCUAUAAAUACAUUAUUUAAUAAUGCAGCUACGAAUAUGAAUUUACUUAUCCAAACAAUUCACCAAUGCAACCAAAAGAAGUGA